AUAUGUGCUUAAAAUAAUUCAAUAAUUUAAUCAUAUUUAUGAAAACAUAAAUAACAAUAAUAACAAUAAUAAAUUUCAAUAAAAAAAAUUAACCAUGAAUGUGCUGAGAUCAAGUUGUCAAUUUAUAAUUAAAUUACAAAGUGUAAAUGCCGCAAAUACAGGAAAAAGGUACAUUCGUCGGUGGUAUGGUCCUUUUCUCAGAGAAGUAACUCGCCGAAAAGAAAAAGCGGGACCUCAGAAAGAACAACCAAGGUCCGGAUUCCUCGAGUGGAACUUCGAGUCCGAAAUUUACGCCUUCAACCAGCGACUUUCAGAGAAGUUUAAUCUGGAGUACCUGUCACAGGCUUUCACACACAACUCUUAUAUUUUGCAAGAAGAACGUAAGCAGCGAGAAGUGGGUAUUGAUGACCCGCAGCUGAACCUUUACGACAACAGAAGUUUUAUUCAAAAUGGGAAAGCUUUGACGGAGAAAACUGUCGAGGCUUACUUGGGUUUUGCCAUGCCUCGUACGCCUACUGAAUGCAUCAGAGCUUUCAAGGAAUAUUUACUAUCUGAAGAAGUUUUGGCAAACAGAGCACUACUUCUAGGAUCCAAAGAUAUUAUUUUAGCAGAGGAAUAUCCUCCUUCAAAUGAAACGUUAGCAAACACAUUUUAUGCAUUAGUAGGAGCACUUGCUAAAAGUACUAAUGAAAUACACACAGCUAAAUUCAUCCGUGACUUUUUAAUAACAACACUCGCCGAGAAAGAUCUCAAUGAGAUUUUCUGUCCCGAAAAUCCCUUGGAAAUUUUAAACCAGAUACUCACCAACGAGGGUAAGGAACAUGUGGAGCCGCGAAUAAUUGCUCAAUCUGGAGUCAGUACUCUUGUGCCAGUCUACAGAAUCGGUCUAUAUUCGAACGAACAAUUAAUUUCUUCAGGUACUGAAAGUACGAUCGAAGAUGCAAUCAAGGUAGCGGCUCUUAUUGCUUUGAGCAAAAUGUUUGGCUUCGCCGACUCCAGUUAUCCGAUGAAAUUUAACUUGGAAAUCGAUCCUUCAGAGCAUCCAAGAAACCUGCCGAUUCAUGAUUGGUGUACACAAAAUGUUCAGAAGCUCAUGCAAAAAAAUUAGAAUUUAUUUUGAGAUUGCAUUUUUAUAUUGUUGAUUAUUAAUUAAUAAUAAAUCAGCUUGUCUGGUAUAUUUAA